UUCUUCUAAAUUUCCCAAAUUUUUUACACUUUUUGCUUGAUUCGUCUGGGAAUUCUGCAAAUUCCGGUGAUGCCGCCGGAGAAAAACAAAGCAAGUGGAGUAUUCGACAUGCGGAGCAAUUUACAACGAUCAAUUUCGCCGUCUGGUAGGUUCUGUUCCUCAACAAUCUCAUCGUCUUCCUCUGCUUUUGCUUCUUCCAUGUCUGGUUUCUCAUCUGCUGCCAGAUCCAAGUCGCCAUCGAGGAUCAGUGUUCGUAGUGGUUACCUGACUUCAUCUCCUUCUGUCCGUUUCUCAAUCGAUCAUCGUCAUAAGUCUCCUGGCCGUUCUGUUGCGGCUUCGUCGUCUAGAAACUUGAAUCGCAACUGUGAUCGUGAUAACAGCAAGAAGGCGUGGAGUCAUGGAUCGAAGAAGACGUGUUUGUGCUCGCCAACAACGCAUCCUGGAUCGUUUCGUUGUAGUUUGCACAAAAAAUCGAGUAUGACGAAUAGCAACGACAGUCAUGACAGUACAGUGUCGUAUCGGUCGCAUAGACUGUACGCUCGGAGAUCGGCGAUGACGAAUUCGCUUGUGAGGAUCGGCACUGUGGAAGGUGAUCUGGUGAAGAGAGCGCUAGCGGCUUUGAUUCGUCCGUCGUCGCACCAGCAGAGACGGCGCAGUGACUUCCAACCAAGACCUAGCCGGCUCUCCGUUAUGUGCAAAGCCGAUGAGUGAUUCUGUUUCUCACCAGUUGUACAGUUGCAACCAAUUUUGCAGAAUAUUUGAUUAUAUUAUAUAAUUUUGUUUUUGUUUU